CCGACGAUUAGAUCAUCUAAGAACAUCCAACUCAACUACAACUACUCGAUCAGCUUGCCUGUUCUCACGGCUUCAGACUACAUCUCUUCUCCUACCCUAUUCCCCACUGUCCGGCUCACGCUUCUCGUAGCUGAGACCCAUGGCGCCUCAGAAAUCGGUGGCAGAGGUGCCCCGUUCCCUGAUUCCCCGUCUGACUUGGAACGGCUCCUCGACUCGCACUACUUUUACCUCUCCCCAGACUACCGCCCUACCAGCGAAGCGCCAACAAAAGCAGUAUAUUGUACGGAAUCGGAUUUCUGCUGGACGACAACUGCAUACCUCGACUUCCCCGUCCACUGCCUCUUCAGCAUUUCCCGCAGCAGCCCGAGAUCUAGGCACAUCGAUCGCAAGACGCUUCCCUUCCACAACCAAGCCGGCCGGCCAACCAGCCGCACCCCUUGGGAACCCCAUCCGGCAUAAUGGUGUCUAUGUCGCUGCAUUCAACCCGGCUCGGAGAGCUUUUCAUGCGUCCGCUCCGCGCCAGCGCGACCAUCACUUUGAUACAUUGAAAUUCGUCCAACGAUUGAAAGAUGAGGGGUUUAGCGAAGAGCAGGCUGUUGCUAUGAUGCGGGUCUUGAACGACGUCAUUCAGGAGUCCAUCCAGAACUUGACUCGGACAAUGGUGCUUCGGGAAGACACGGAACGAUCAGCCUACACACAAAAAGUCGACUUUGCCAAGCUCCGCUCCGAGCUCCUCAACGCAGAUUCUACCGAAGCGCAAUUGACUCGCUCGUCGCACGAAAAGAUCGCCGCAGAUCUCGCCAAACUCAACUCUCGUCUACGCGACGAGAUCGGUCGCACGCAGGCAUCAGUGCGACUGGAUCUAAAUCUGGAGAAGGGUCGUAUCCGAGAAGAAGCCAAUGGCCAAGAAAUGCGUAUAAAGGAGACGGAAACGAGAAUUGAGCAGGAGGUGGCUGGGUUGAGAGAGCGUGUAGAGGCUGUCAAAUUCUCCACGCUACAAUGGCUCAUGGGUGUAUGCACUGGUACCGCUGCUCUGAUUCUUGGUGCCUGGCGUCUCUUCAUGUGAACCUAUCAUUCUGUGGGCUUUCGGUCCAGUCGGCCGGAUUAAGAUGCCUUGUCUGUUGCCUUCAUAUUAACUCCCCACUAUUACUCCUUACCGCCAAAGA